AUGACUCGUGUGUCGCGCACCAUAUCGACACUGCCCUGGUGGAAAGCACGGACUGGUGAUCAAGAACUCCCAUGGACUCGAUUCACGAGUUUCGUCAGGCAGAGUAUCCUCGGAUGGGAAUCACAUGAUUAUUGGCCUGCUGGUGAUUCGACUACGCUGCCAAACUCAAUCAUCACCUUCCGAUCCACGAAAAACAAAACAAAACAAACAGCAGGGAAUCUCACGAGAAGCGCAGCACAAUCGACCUUUGAGCCGAGAUCGGUCAUUGGACUCUCGACUGGCAUCAUCGCUCAGCGGCUAUCUGAAUCCAAAUCAAGAUGCAUUCCAUCCCAGCGCCUUACCAUCCUCAAGUCCACUUCCUUUGCAAACGUCAAAGGGGCCCAGGGUCCUGUCGCAUCGAAUUCUCACCCAAUCACCGCCCGCACCCAGCCCGUUAUUGUGAUCCGUCUCCGUAUUCGCCCCUUUCAGCACCCAAUCGGAAUGACCCUGGGCCUGAGCUAUUUCAACGUUGGACUUCGGCACGUCGCACUGCACGAGGCUGUCAUGACUGGGUGA